AUGGCCGCGUUCUUAUCCAUCGCACUUUACAACGUCAUCGAACUUACUUUUCUGGUAUUUGGCGUCUUCAAAAAACGUAAUGGGCUAUACUUCUGGAGUUUUGUCGUGGCAACUUGGGGCAUCGCACCCCAUGCCGUUGGAUUCGUCCUCAAGUUCUUCCAGGUCACUACAUUAGACCUGCUAUCGAGCGCAAUAGUGGGUAUAGGCUGGGCAAGUAUGGUGAUGGGACAAUCACUCGUUCUCUAUUCGCGUCUGCAUCUCGUCAUCCGGGAUCGAUCUCAGACACGUUGGGUACUAUACAUGAUCAUCUUCAACGCUGUCGUUCUCGGGAUCCCCCUUUUCGUUUUAGCGAUGGGGGCAAACUCUCAGCACUCGGCCCGUUUCCUACCGGGAUUCUUGAUAUAUGACAAGGUUCAAAUCGUGGUAAUCUGCGUCCAAGAGACUAUAAUAUCUAUCAUCUAUAUCUACGAAACAGUACGGCUGCUGGGCCACGACACUAGCAGCAACGGCCGCGGGCCCCUGCAGAAGCUACUCAGACACCUUGUCUUCGUCAACAUCGUAGUCCUGAUCCUCGACAUCACCCUCCUCGCCGUCCAGUUCUCCGGUAACUACGAGAUUCAAACGACGUACAAGACAGCUGUGUACAGCAUCAAACUCAAAAUCGAAUUCUCUGUCCUUAACCGACUCGUCAGCAUAGUGGAGCACAAAGACCUUUUUGGCAAUAGAGGAACUCCUGGUAACAACACCCUCUCUUUGGGUCCAUGGACUCAGAGCAGAAAGACGCACUUGAGCACUAGAUCUGAUCGCCCUGGCGCUUUUUCCAAAAUUGAGGAGACUGACUCGUCAGGUCACAGUGGGAAGGACCCAUUCGUGAGGGCAUCUGGAAUACAUCUUGACCAGGGAGGGGCGUUACAGGCGGGUGUGCCGGCUAGUGAAAGUCGUCAACUUUGA